UAGCCUUUUGAUUGUCUUCGGAGUCUGUUAUUGGAAUUUGUCAACAUGAGGACCAGAGUUGUGCCAAUGAAAGUCAAGGAAGCAAUUAUGAGGCUGAGAAAGAGAGAGAGAAAAAACUGAAACUUAGGCUAAAACUUAGGCUGACCAAAAUCAGCUGUUUGGAGCAUCAUUAAGAAGAAAGAAAGCACUAAUGAGCUCAGAAAUCACAAAGCGCCUAGUAAUCCAUGUAGUUUAAGGUUUUGCUUACGUUUCUGUUUUUUUUUUUUCUUAUUUCACCCCCCUCAUCUGUGAAACAUGGUAGAGUUAGUGCUAUGGCUUGGGCAUGUAUGCAAUAAAUGUACACAAACAAGUAUAAAUAAUCGCAGAUUUCACAGAACGUGAAGUUGUCACAUUUUCUCUGAAAUCGAGUCAACGUCAUCAUACAGUUGGUGGGGUUUUGUGGAGAUUAUAAUACUGCAGCAGAGCUUUCACUGCAAGGGGCAGCAAAGGAUAGACUGAUGACAGUAGGGAGAAAGCACAUUCAUGUCCGUGGAUCAUUUUCCAUCAAGGGAGAAUGGAUUUUUAAUGGUGUACCAUAUUUAAUGCAGCGCUGAAAUGGUAUUACACUGCCAAUCUUAAAAUAACUUUUUUUCUGAAUUUCAUCACUAACAAAAAAGUUCUUGGAUAUUCCUUUCAUCAACAUGCUCGAUUACAACUGCACUGACCAGGAACAGAGUUUCUCUCUGUAGCAGACCAUUCAUUCCAUGAAGUGGAGGUUCUUACCCAAUCAACUUGGAUUUUAACAAGGAUUUUACUUUGGAUAACAGUACAAGACCCAUGGCUUUACUUGAGAGCACCAGCAGCAUUCCGGGUGACAAGCUGCUCUUCCCAGAGAUCGUGGAACUCAAUGUGGGUGGCCAGGUAUACAUAACCCGCUACUCCACUCUAAUCAGCUACCCAGAUUCCCUUCUUGGGAAGAUGUUCACCUCAAAGAGCAACGAAGGGCUGGCGCGUGACACCAAAGGUCGCUUUUUCUUGGAUCGCGACGGUUUCCUUUUCCGUUAUAUCCUGGACUACAUGCGUGACCGUCAGCUGCUGCUCCCAGAAGACUUUCCUGAGCGUGCAAGGCUGCAGCGGGAGGUAGAAUUCUAUAAUCUGCCUGAGCUGGCUAAAAUGCUGGCACCCAGGCUCACCAAACACGGCAAUGAAGGUUGUCUGAGUGACCCUGAAGAUUUCUCUUCCAAAACCAACACUGCCCAUAACCUGGACACACUUAGCAGAGCUGCUCCUCCCUGCACUGGCCUGGUGGUGGAGGGAGGGGAGGCCAGCCACCACUCUGGCUUCAUCACCAUUGGCUAUCAAGGCUCCUACACACCAGGCUGGGACAGCCAGACGGGCGCCAAGUUCCGUCGAGUGGAACGUAUAAUGGUGUGUGGGAAGACCUCUCUGGCUAAGGAGGUUUUUGGGGAUACACUCAAUGAGAGCCAGGAUUCAGAUUGUCCACCGGAGAACUACACAUCAUGCUCUUAUCUGAAGUUCUCCAGUCUAGAUCAAGCCUUUGAUAAGUUGGCUGAGGCUAACUUCACCAUGGUGGCCUGCAACUCAACUGGAAGCUGCUCCUCUGCCCAUGACCAGUCACAUGAGAAAAUCUGGACCAGCCACACAGAAUAUGUGUUCUUCCGUGAGUGA